GUGGAAUUCGUGCGUUGGGUUAUGAGGCUAGCUCCUCUCUGCCUUGUACCUCCGAGCCUCACCCCAACUGCAGCCGUGGUAUGGCCAUGUGUCAACAACCAUCGCCAUGCCUGUGCCCCUACCGUGAGAGGUACCACCAUCGCCCAUCGCCUGCGAACGACGUACGCAGCAGCAGCAGCGGCACAAGACGGACCCGACAACGGCGCGAACACCGAGCGACUGCUCGCCCUCGGCCGGCAACAGACGCAGGCGGGCGAUCUAGAGUCCGCCGUCUACCAGUUCGAGCGGGCGGCUAGCCAGGCCCCGCGGUCGGCUGUGUGUCAGACAGAGCUCGGCCGAGCCCUCGUCCGACUCGGCAGAGGCCAGGAAGGGUUCAACUGCCUCGUGGCUGCCUUCGGGAUCGACUCUCUGUGUCCGGGCGUGAAGGACGGCUUCCGCGAGUACUACAGGGCUGAGAUUGAGGCCGACCCGAACAACGUCGACCUCCAUGAAGGCCUGGCGGCGCUCUGCGUCGACUCCGGCAAUCCCGAAGAGGCUGCCGCUCUCUACCGCCGCCUCCUCGGGCUGCACGCGACUGCAACAGCAGAGGGGAGUGGAAGAAUACGAAGCUUUUCCUCGUCGAACCCUUCCGCAGCAGGUGAUCUCUCCUCGAAGGAGACGACAGAAGCGGCGGCCGCGGCUCGAAAGGACCGGUGGUCAGUGGCGCUCUUCAAGUGCAACGCUUCGCUCUGCCAGUGGGAUGACUGGAACGGCGAGGCUCUCGCCCUGAGGACUGCCGUUCGGCGUCGGGGGUGGCGGCGGCGAGGGCGAACAAGAGGAGAAGGGUCUGGGGGGCGGUUGUCGUCGAUGGAGGACGAUGGCGAUCUGGUACACAGACUGUUGCUCGGAUACGAAGACGACGACUUCGAACGGUUUGUGCCUCGAGACAAGCAGCAAAGCCAGGGCAACAAUGUUGGUGACAGCAACAACGGUGGCGUUGAUGGAGGCGCCGGCGCUGGCCCAUCGCGACCAGCCCUACACCCUUUCGACUCUCUGAGCGCUCCUCUGUCCAUCGGCGACUGCCUUGCAGUCGCGCAGCAGCAGACCAGAGGGGUGCUGGCAGAGGCAAGGGGCGGUGAUGGCGGGCCUCGAGGCAGAGACGAGGACGAAAGAACAUCGGGCGGAGAAGGCGUGGGGGGGGUGCAGGGCCAAUCGCUGCGGCGGUUGUUUCAUGCCGGUUUCUCGUCGCCAUCAUCGUCGUCAUCGUUGCGAGAUGAGAGGGGACGCGUGCGCCUUGGCUUCGAGGUAUUCCUGUACGCUCUCAACCCCGACGACGGCUCGGCGCCGAGGCGGCGUAUGGAAAGGGAGGUGGAGAACUUCCGAGACCUGAGCAUGAUGACCGCCGGAGAGGCUGCCGCGGCAAUCGCGGACGAUGGGGUUGGUGUCCUCGUGAACCUCGGUGGCUACGCCGGAACCGUCAAGAGCGCGGACAUCUUCGCUCUGCGCCCCGCCGCGGUAGCCGUGAGCUACAUGGGUUUCCCCGGAACCAUGGGCUCUUCCGAGAUGGUGGACUACAUUCUCGCCGACGCGGUGGUUGUUCCGCCUGACUUGAGGCGUUUUUAUUCCGAGAAGGUGAUCAACAGCUGCCUGGUGGUGCUGGACUUGCCUCACUGCUACUUCGUCAACGACUACCGGCAGAGCGAGCGGGGGGUGAUAUAUUCUCCCGCCCCCGAUCGGGCGGACCACGGCCUAUCUCUACCGCCAUCGCCUCGAUGGCCGCUGCCGCUGGCAACGAAAGAAGACAGAGAGGGCGGCGGCAUCCUUUCCGCAGCGGCAGCAACGUCAGGGGCAGCACCGCUCGUAAAGGACGGCCGCGACGACGGCGUGGGUGGCCGUUCCCGGCGUGCAUCGCACCGCCGCCGAGAUGGCAGUGGUCGGGGCGGCGGUCACAACGGCGAACGUGCUGCGGCGUGGUCUCCCGUUCCCGGAAGGUGGCGGCGCGGCGGCGCCCGCGGCGGCUGGGGAGCCAUGAAGGGACGAGGUGCUUUGGAGAAUGUCUCGCGAGAGCGGGAGGGAGAAGGCGACGGGCGGCGGGUAGUGCUGUGCAACUUCAACCGUCUCCACAAGCUUGAUCCGCACACUUUUGGCGCCUGGAUGGAGGUUCUCAGAACGGUUCCCGGAACGGUCUUGUGGUUGAUCGACGGAGGUGAGACGGCCCGCGCCAACCUCCGACGGCAGGCCAGGCUCGAGGGGGUGGACGAAGGGCGCGUUGUGUUUGCGCCCCUGGUUGGAAAAAAGGAGCACCUCCAGAGGCUCCGUCUAGCCGAUCUGUUCGUGGACACUCCGCUUUACAACGCCCACACCGUGGGUUGCGACGCCCUAUGGGCCGGGGUGCCGAUGGUGACCCUGCGAGGUGCCAAGAUGGCAUCGAGGGUCGGGGCUUCCCUUGUGGAAGCCGCGGGGAUGCCCGAGCUGGUGACGGACUCGCUGGAGGAGUACACCCAGCUCGUGCUGGCGUUGGCGAGGUACGGCAGGAACUUGUGGGUGGAAAGGGCGGCGGUAUUUUCGGCGAUAAAUCCCUGCCUCAGCACACACCUCGAGCUUGAUUGA